GAACGCAAACUGUAACAUUGACUGUGAUGUGAGCAAUGUUUAAUUAUGAUGUCUUCUUUUGCAGAAAACAUUCACUCCCAACAUCAUCAGCAGGAAGGUUAAGGAAGAACCAAAGGAGGACGAUGCCUCUCAGAGGAAAGAGAAGAAGGAACGAGACAAGGAUCGCCAGAGAGAGACACGAGGCAGGGGAAGAGGCAGACCCGAAACAAUUCAAUCUCAUUCCAUCUUUGAGCAGGGACCCGCUGAAAUGAUGAAGAAAAGAGCUGGUUGGGAUUCCUCUAUGGAUAUGAAGGAGUUUGGAACGUCCCCAAUUAUUAACAUAAAGAAGGAAAAGCGUGAGUCUGAAGAGGAAACCAAGCAGAUUCUCCGCAUGCUGGACCGUGAUGACUUUAUUGAUGAUCCUGGUCUGAGAAACGAUGCCCGGAACAUGCCUGUCCAGCUCCCGCUGGCACAGUCAGGCUGGCUAUUCAAGGAGGAAGUGGAGGAUGAGGAGAUGAAACCUGCACUGCUGACCAAAGAGGAGAAGAUGGAGGUGGAUGUCCCCUCUGUGAAAAUUAAAGAUGAACCCGGAGUUGCCAAAGAGAUGCAGAUGUCGCCGAAUCCAAGUGCAACGAAGAUGAUCCAGGAUGUGCCAAAGGAGCUUUCAGUAUCUGAGCUGCUGCAAGAGCUUAAUCUGUGUAAAGAUGAUGAGCUUCUGUUUCUGCAGCUACCUGACACACUGCCUGGCCAGGCUCCCACACGUGAUGAGAAGCCAGUAAAAGCGGAGGUUCAGGCUGAUGAUGGCCAGACUAUGCUGCUGAAGCAAGAGAAGGCUCAGGAACUGAAACAGGCAGAGAAUUCCUGCUCGCUGAUGGAUUUAACUGAAGGUCAGAUCGGAAAGCUGCUGAUCAGAAAGUCGGGGAGAGUGCAGCUUGUACUGGGACAGGUCACCCUCGAUGUCACGAUGGGCACAACAUGUUCGUUUCUCCAGGAGCUGGUUUCUAUUGGAAUCGGAGAGAACCGGACUGGAGAAAUGACGGUGCUGGGACACGUGAAACACAAGUUAGUCUGUUCCCCUGACUUUGAAACCCUCCUUCAGCAAAGGCAAUAGCUGGAAGUUGAGAUCCGCAUGUCAAAAGGCAUCACAGCACAUGGGGCACCAAGACAGAAGCAGGUGGCAGUGUAAGCUGCUCUUGUUUUUUUUCUGAGCUAGGGAAUGCAGGAGGGCUUUGCGGAGAAAGGAGCAGUCAGUUCUCAAGGGAAACUGGAAUGAGACUUGCUCUUUGUGACUAUGUUUGUGUCAUAACAAGGAUCUACUCUGGUCUGGCUUCUCCAUUAAUUCGCUGGUGGUCAGCGAGGCAAUGUCCACGAAUCAUGUUGACAGACAUUGAUGGAAGCACUACUGAACUGUGGAACAGCUGUGCAUGAAUCAGCAGUAAAUUCAGAGCAAAAGAUAAUGUGAGCUGGUGCCAGGCGCCUUGCUGACAUGAGCUCAGUCUUUGAGAGGUGGUGGAGUCUUUGUACAGCAGUGAUCCAAGAGUUUGAAGUCUUCAGAAUUCACAUUCAAACUUCAUUGCUGUUUGGGUCCAUGCUGUCAGAAACAGAAGGAUAAAUCUUCCAUUCGAUUCUUCUUGCUUGCUGUGACUUUGAUGUUGAUCUGUACCCUGACCAAAAAUGUUCCCCAUGCCCCCAGAUUGCAAAUCAGCAGAUUUCCUGAUUUGGGUGGGAAACAAGUGUUAGAUUGUAUCUCAUGCUAGUGUAACUGCAUGCUAGUGUGCUACGCUAGCUUUCCUGCUGAAUCAUUUUAGUUUGGCAUUGUUGUCUGAAUUACUUAAAUGUCCUUUAUGAUGUGGUUUCAGCUAAAGAAAUUCUUCUGUAAUUGUGGAAUCUCUCCAAGUGCCUUUUCCUUAAAGUUACCAGGACAUGGCAUUAUCAACAAAAAACAAAGUUAAUUCAAUAGUUUAGUAAUGCUUCACGGUUGACCUACAGUUUUCAUAAGUCACAGUUAGAUGAGAACCAUUUUUAGUGUCAGGAUUGUAUCCCUCAAAACUCUACCAGUGUGGUAGAAAAAUUAUACUAUGCCUCUACCAUUGUGAAUGGCUUCACCGGCAGUUGCUCGGGUAAAAAGAGGGGAUGGGGUCACAGGCAGUUGCAGAUCAGAGACAGAGCAUAAUUUCUCAUUGUGCUACUAGGUACUUUUCACAGUCCUCACGGUUCCUCACAUAAAAAUUGUGCGGAAAUCCUUGUACUUUAAUAUUGCAUCUUAAAUACCCGACAUUGAUCAGAGGAUCUCUCUCUCUUUUACUCUAAGAAGACUUAGAGUAUGUUAUAGUACAGGAGGGGACUGACAGCACAGGGAAAUUUCUGUCCUUUGUAAGCGGAUGACUUAAAUUGUGACAGCAUAUCGUGAGUCUGAAUGUUAAUGUUGAUUUGGACAGCUCAGGAUCGGAACUAGUUAAGCAGUGUUUACCUCAUUCUUGACAAUAACAUAUGUUAAAAUCAUAACUAAUUUGGAAAAUCCUAUUGCAACUUUUCCAGUGCUGUACUAUAUUUGACUUGAAUAUUUUUGAACCUUGGAUUGGAAAUAAACUUCUCUGUUCUUUUUAA